GUCGACAUCCCAUUGAGGAACUGAUUCAUGUGUCUAACACCAGACAAUGGAGGAAAUCAGCUUACUUCAGGACCCUGAAGUUCAGCCACUGUCUCCCUUCAGCUAUGUUCUUCCCUCUCUGAGAGAUGGUGAGAGUUACCACGUCUUCAUCAGCUACAGCAGCACUGACUACCAGUGGACCCACUCCCUCAUUGAACAGCUGGAGUCCUGCGGCCUGCAGGUCUGCUACCACGAGCGUGACUUUACUCCAGGACGCAGUGUGUUGGAGAACAUGUCCGACUGCAUCCAGGAGAGCCAGAAGGUCCUGCUGGUCCUCAGUCCAGAGUUUGUGAGGAGCCGCUGGUGUCUCCUGGAGGCCAACAUGUCUCUGUUCAGGGACUGUCUGGAGAGGAAGCCCAUCGUCCCAGUGCUGCUGGAGCCUGGAGUCUCUAUUCCUCUCCACCUCUGCCACCUCACCUACCUGGAGGCCAACGACCCGGACUUCAAGAACAAGCUGCUCAAGGUGCUCUGCACCCCCAACCAGCAGCUCCAAAGCUCCACUGUGGUGCCUUUCCAGCCUCCCUCCAUCUACAACGGGAAGGCCCUGCAGCCUUUGACUGCUGUUAAUGCAGAGGGACUUUACAAAUGGGAUUCUGGUCAGUUCAGUGACAUGGAGGUGCCGGACCAACUGCGUCUGAUCAUUGAGGACCACGAAAAGUACAGAGAGGCUGUGAGGAUCAUCAACGGUAUCCGUGAAAAUAGAGUGUACACAGUCUGGACCAGAGCACUCAUGGCUGUUAUUGUUACUAUAGUACUUUUGCUUACAAUUUUUAUUCCUUCAUUGUUGAUGGGUUCUAAGAUUGCUGACCUUAUAAUGCACAAAAAAUUAGAUCUUUCAGCAGCUAUUAUUCCAUGUCUGUACUGUGUUUCAUUAGGUGCCAUUAUUCAGCUUCGUUUGUGGAAAAAAGAUGAAGUGAAUUAUAUUGUUAGGGAGAUGCAGAAAGCCGUAGGCAAAGCAAACCUGCUACUCUCUCAGGAGAAAGUGUUGAUGGGAUGUUGCUCCAACUCACAGAUCUACCUGGUGUAUGUUUCUCUGGACGGCUGCAAACAGGAGUUUAUACAAACAUUUUCUGAUCAGGAUGUGGGGGAAGAGAUGUUUCAGAGAGCUCUGAUGUUCUUCUCAUCAGGUUACACCUGCUGCCUCGCUAAAAGGCACUUCCCCUUUCCUCAGCCCAGCUCCUCUGGUCACCUGGAAGGAAGGGUGUGUUUCUGUCAGUAUGUCUCCCAGCAGCUGAGGAAGGACAAAUGGGAAUAACUAAAGAAGGCCUAAAUAUGAUCAGUGUGUUUUGGUUUUACAUCAGGCAAACACUGGGCGCCACAAGUGUAUGCUGCCAUGAAAUACACCUACUACGCUUUCAUGACGAAAUUUACCUUCUGUCGGGGGCAAGACAGUCUAGCUGCAGACCAAAGAUCUCAGACACCCCCCUAUACAGACCACUAAAGUGAGACGCCACCUCUGUCAGAUCAAUACAUGCUAAAUCUUUCAGAAUAAAAUCAAAGGUUAAAAUUAAAAAACCUGACCUGAUAAAACCUGAAAACAAAACCAUUAAUAAAACCAAAUAAAAAGUCUGAUAACAGGAAAAAGCUAGAAAACACUCUUAUGCACAUAUGCAGCAAAAGCUAAUGAAGCUACAUAUGUGACAAAACUACAUAGCCCAUGCUAAAACUAAAUAAACUACGUAUAUUUAAUAAAAACAAAUGAAGGCUAAUUAGAUGUUAGCUUAUACUACAUUUACUAAAGCUAACAGAGCUACGUUAAUGUUAGCUAUCGCUAUAGUAGCGAAUAUGUAGGUGUGUUCCCCGCAUUGCUAGCUCUUGCUUUGUUUGCUAAAGCUUGCAUUGCUAAAGUAAAGGUUAUGUAGCUACAUUGCCUUACCUUGUGAUGUUCAUUUCAUUGUUAGCGUAGCUUUGUUAGCUCUAGCUAAUUACCGAGACUAAUUCAAGUCACUGUUUGUGUAACUUCUCCUAUAGCAGGUCUAUACAUUUUUAAUCCCAGAUUACAUUGCUGACAUGUUCUCUGUUUAAUUAAUGAACUAUAUCCAUGGUGUUACAUCCAAUAAUAAGGCUCUUUUUGUCCAUUUUUUAUCCAUUUUUGAUCAUGUACUUUGGCUUUCUUUGGUGGGUAGCACCAUAUUUGUUGAGAGCAAUGUUAACAUGCAAUGCAUUCUGGGAGGGGCUGUCCUCCAACAGCAAGAUGUUGCGCCUCUACUGCUUAAAGCAGUGGCACAAAUGAAUGCAAAUGCAA